CAACUAAUGAGUCGCUUCUUUGCGAACGGCUCAAUCUCUUCACUCCUCGUUGCCUUUCCCUCGCUUUCAUUAUCGCCGUGAAUUCGCUAUCUCUAGGGUUUCUACUCUCUCUCUCUCUAGAAACCCUAGGUUCCUCUCCGAGAUGCUCAUCGAAGGAGCGGAGGAACGCGAGAAUUUUUGUGGCGACGCCGAUCCCAUUUGGGAAGCGAUGAAGGCUGAGGCCAAGUCUGAGGCUGAGAACGAACCUAUCUUAAGCAGUUUCCUGUAUGCAAGUAUUUUAUCUCAUGAUUGUUUGGAGCGAGCGCUGAGUUUUGUACUUGCUAAUAGGCUCCAGGAUCCUACAUUGCUGGCAACACAAUUAAUGGAUAUUUUUGACAAUGUGAUAAUGAAUGAUAAAGGUAUUAAGCGCUCAGUUCGCCUAGACCUUCAGGCAUUCAAGAAUAGGGAUCCUGCAUGCGCAUCUUAUAGCUGGGCACUUCUUUACCUUAAGGGUUAUCAUUCUUUGCAAUCAUAUCGUGUAGCUCACGCAUUGUGGAACCGGGGACGCAGAGUUUUAGCUCUGGCAUUACAAAGUCGAAUCAGUGAGGUUUUCUCUGUGGAUAUACACCCUGCUGCAAAAAUUGGUGAGGGGAUAUUAUUGGACCAUGCAACAGGUUUAGUUAUUGGUGAAACUGCCAUUGUAGGGAACAGGGUUUCACUAAUGCAGGGUGUUACAUUAGGAGGAAGUGGCAAGCAAGUCGGAGACCGGCAUCCGAAAAUUGGCCAGGGUGCUCUUAUUGGAGCUGGUGCAAUCAUUCUUGGUAACAUAACUGUAGGAGAAGGUGCCAUGAUCGCUGCUGGUUCGCUUGUACUGAAACAUGUUCCUCCUCACAGCAUGUCUGCUGGUAAUCCUGCCCAAGUUGUCAGAUGGCUGGAAGAGAAAGACCCAUCCUUAACAAUGAAACAUGAUGCAACAAAGUAUUGUUUCGAACAGUUAACUGUUAGGUCUUCCAAGGUGAACUCUAACGGAACAUUACUGGAAGAUAAAGCAGUAAACGGGAAAGCUACAUUCUGAGUCUACUGCAUGCCUAUGCUGUAUUGACAAAGGUAAUAUACCCGCAUUGUUUUUCUGGGGUUCAUCUUUGUCAAUUGUAAUACAGGGAGAUUCUUACUUUGGACUCCAAAGAUUGUAUUGUGAUCAUAAUUAAGUAUGUUUAAGACAUCAAUAGGCACCUGUAGAUAAUAUUCAUCAUCUCGCUACACAUGAAUAAGCACUUGGGUAAGUUGGCAUCAAUUCUCUUGUUGCUUUUUAUCCGCGGAUGUUUGUACAUAGAGUAUCUAUUAGAUCCAUUUGUGGACAACCAAGAUUUUUCUGUCCUCCCAAUUACUACUACAACCUGCAUAUCGAAGUUUCAGCUUCUGUGUUC